UUAAUUCACAAGUGAUUCAUUAAACGAUUUUUUUUUUUUUUUUUAACUUCACCAACUUCGAAGUUUUUGUAGAUGCAAAGACCAGUCGCCAUUUCCAUUCGUUGCUGCUUGUCUCAGCAGUUUCCAUUGCAUGAAUGAUCUUCCGAGCAGCAAAAACGAUUAAUCGAAACCCAACAACUCGAUUUCUCCAUCACCAUGUAAACAACCUUCAAUCCAAAACCUCUUCUUCAAAUCUUCACAAACCCAAACGCAAAAAGGUUAUUCCUUUUGUCGCCGAACUCAAACAAGUUCAAGACCCAAAACAAGCCCUCUCUUUAUUUAAUGAUUACAAGGAACGCAGUUUCAAGCACCAUUACCCUUCCUACGCCGCACUCCUCUACAAGCUCGCACGUUCUAGAAGCUUCCAUGACGUCGAAACCGUUCUCGAUCACAUGCAACGCACAAACAUACAAUGCAGAGAGAGCCUCUUCGUUGCGCUCUUUCAACACUACGGAAAAUCGAAGCUUCCGGACAAAGCUACUGAGCUUUUUGAUCGAAUGCCCAAGUUUAAUUGUGCCCGAACGUUGCAGUCUUUCAACGCGAUUCUUAAUGUUCUGGUUGACAGCGACCGGUUCGACGAGGCCAAUGAUGUUUUCUUGAGGUCACGUGACAUGGGGUUUCGUCCAAACACGGUUUCGUUCAAUGUUAUGAUAAAGGGGUGGUUGGAAAAAGGUGAGUUUGGGAAAGCCUGUGAUGUGUUUGAUGAAAUGCUUCAGAGGAAGGUGCAGCCAAGUGUUGUGACUUACAAUAGCUUGAUUGGGUUUUUGUGUAGAAAGGGUGAUUUGGACAAUGCCAUGGCUUUGCUUGAGGACAUGAACAAGAAAAAGAAGUAUGCUAAUGCAGUGACUUAUGCGCUUUUGAUGGAAGGGUUGUGCUCUUUGGAGAAGUUUGAUGAAGCCAAGAAGCUGUUGUUUGACAUGGCGUAUCGUGGGUGUAAGCCUAGGCUGGUUAAUUUCUCUGUUCUGAUGAAUGAUUUGGGGAGGAGAGGGAGGAUUGAGGAGGCAAAGUCUGUGCUUCAUGAGAUGAAGAAGAGGAGGAUUAAGCCGGAUGUUGUGACAUAUAAUAUACUGAUAAAUUAUCUUUGCAAGGAAGGUAGGACAGCAGAGGCUUAUAAGAUGUUGGUUGAGAUGCAGAUAGGUGGUUGCGAGCCGAAUGCUGCGACAUACAGGAUGAUGGUGGACAGUUUGUGCAGGGUUGGAGAUUUUGAGUUGGGUUUGAGUAUUUUGAAUGCAAUGCUGGUCAGUGGACAUUGUCCACGUCCUGAAACUUUUUGUUGUUUGGUUGUUGGGCUGUUAAGCUCUGGGAAUGUUGAUGGUGCUUGCUUUGUUUUAGAAGAGAUGGAGAAGAGAAGGGUAGAACCUGACAUGGAGAGCUGGGAAACUAUUGUAAAGAGUUCUUGUAGCGAGGAUAAGAGUGUAACUGAGCUUAUCACUGAACUUGCAUCACUGUCCACCUAAUGCAGUAAGUGGGGAAGACAUUGACUAGAUCUUGUGUGUGAUCUUUGUUUCUGUUCCGAUUUGGUGGAUUGUCCCAGCAAAAAAGGUUCCAAGGUAGCAAUGAAAAGUUUCAUCACAGUGUGAACCAAUAAUUUGAAGUGGGUGGAUAUAUGUUGUUUUCUUAUCUUAACAGAUGAGUAAUAUUUUCCAGUUAAGAUUAAUGCAGAGACUUGGGAGGUUGUAGUUGCUGAUAUGCUGUCUGAAACAACCUAUUAGUUGGCUUUGAAAGUGUUGAGAAUUUUGUGGAAUUGCUACCAACUGCAGCAAAAAGCUCAUGAACCAACUCAACUAGAAAUUGUUUAGAAUGAAAAAUAAUCAGCCAUUUUAAGGGUUACUUUUUGUGUUCGAAAGAUGCUGAGAAAUUGAUAAUCGUGUAUUACUGUUGAAAAAUAAUAAAAUAGAUAACCUGUGUAAGGAAAAUUGUUCUUGGAAAAAAAUAAUUUGA